AUGGCUGGCUUUGCUAUUGCAAAAGACAUGAUUUCCCAAAUGGAAUCAGUUGAUUUCACGAGUUAUCUCUUUAAGGCUUUUCUUGCGUGUUGGUUUUUCCAGUUAAUUAUUGGGAUUUGGGCAAGAGACGCUGAUAAUACCAUACAAUUUGAUGGAUCCGAUUUACCUAAGUUCUCAGAAUUUGGGAACGAAACACAAGUGGCUAAUCUCACGUCAGAUUAUCUACAAUAUGCUCUUAUGAUUUCAAGGUCAAUGAUUUUGCUCUAUAGCAGGCCUUGCUCUAUAGCAGUGGUAUGGAUUAAAACUCUUGCUCAGGCCAAGCUUUCGGUUGAAACAGGCGAGAAGUCGACGGAGGCUGAUAUGCUUGCUACCGAAGCUCUGAAAUCUGCAGAAGGUGCAGCAGAGGAUGUUAAGGUCUUGGCCGCCUCCGUCACGAAGAAACAAGCCACUUUAAUUGAAGAAAUUGAGAAAGCGGCAUCCGUUGCUAGUAAGGCGGUCGAGAAAGCCAAGGCCUCCGUGGAAACAGCCGAGAUAUCGAACAAGGCAACACAGAAUUCAAAUACUUCUUCAAAGACGGCAGCAGAGACUGGCAAGAACCUGCCAGAGGGGAUGCGGAAGAGGAAUCCCCGCCCCUGCAGCCGCAAGUUUCCAGCUAAUCAAGUAAACUUGCGGUGCGGGGGCGGGGGAUUCCUCUUCCGCAUCCCCUCCGGCAGGUUCUUGCCAGUCUCUGCUGCCGCCUUGGCUUUUUCGACAUCCUUACUAACGGCGGAUGCCGCUUUCUCAAUUUCUUCAAUUAAAGUGGCUUGUUUCUCCGCGGAGGCGGCCAAGACCUUAACAUUCUCUGUUGCACCUUCUACAGAUUUCAGAGCUUCGGCUGCAAGCAUAUCAGCCUCCGUCGACUUCUCACCUGUUUCAACCGAAAGCUUGGCCUGCAGUAGAAGUGACGGCUACUGUUCAUCAGUGAUUCGGUUAAACGGGCUUCUUCCUUCUCGACGACGGCGGCCGCGUUCUCAACUUUCUCCAAGGCUCUUACGAGUUGUAGACUUACGAGCUGUAAUCGCAGCGAGCAUAGUAUCACCACCUGUGGCCUUGAAUGCACAUGCCGCAACCCUAAGAGCAUUCUUAACUGGCUGGUCCACCUGGGCAAGCACUUUUUGA